AUGGCACAGCGCCACGAACUGCCUGAAAUUGUUCGGGACUCGGAAUUAUCCACCACCUUCCAGUCCAGCAUCACGAUACACACCAAACCCUCAAGCCGUCGAAAUGCUCCCAACCAAGAACGAUGGCGUCAUGUCAAGAUUCUAGGCCAUGGGGGAUAUGGAGAGGUUUGGUUGCAGCGCAGGCAAAGUUCGGGGUCACCGAAGCUCCGUGCCUUGAAACACAUCCGCAUCUCUGAUCGCGACUCUGGUCCUAGAGGAUACAUGCGUGAAUUGGAGGCUCUAGCCAAAUUCUCACAAGAUCGGUACAAUGAAUUCUUCGUCGAAUUCUAUGGGUGGUAUAUAUAUAAUGGAUUCCUCCACAUCGCUACCGAGUUUUGCGAACACGGCGACUUGAGGGCAUAUCUCAAGAAUGUUGGAAGACUACCGGAAGACCAGGCGCAGGACAUUGCCGCUCAAGUCUUGGGAGGCCUCAUCAUGAUGCACGAAGCAAAGUUCGCCCAUAGGGACAUAAAACCGGCGAACAUACUCAUCAAAAGCAAGCCCCCCGAUGAAUGGUGGGUCAAAGUCCGUGACCUUGGACUCAGCAAGCGGACUGAGGGUGAACCUGGCUCUACUACUGUGCGAGGGACUCCUGGUUCCAUGGCCCCCGAAACAGCUGGAUUUCACGAUGACCCCAAAAGUGUGGAUCCUUGCUUGGCAGAUAUGUGGUGCUUUGGCGAAACAGUCUCUCAAAUGCUCACUGGUUCUGGGACGUUUAGUAACCUCGCUAACCUGGUUCACUACUCCAAAGGCGAUGUUGAGUUUCCUGUCGGGGGUAUGAAGGAGGCAAAUGCAAGCGAUGACGCCGUGUAUUUCGUCAAAUCGCUCAUGAAGUUCAAUCCAAACGAGAGGCUCGAAGCAGCCAAGGCACAAGAUCAUCCGUGGAUGACCUCGUUCCAAAAC